CCUGACUUUGACGAAAUUUUGGAAACGUUUUAUCUACUUCAGAUAUUCUGACUUUUACCUCUUGCUUUUUGCUCUGUUUCUAAACACCCAUCUAUUCCCCCCUUUUUAUCUCUAAAACGUGUGAUGGCUUCUUUUCAAGCUGCUUCCAACUUACUUAACCUAUCAUCAUCAUCGCCUUCGGGCCUGACCGUGCCGUCACCGCAACCACAUCAACAACAAAAGCGGGCUAUUGCAGCUGUCGAUAAGGCCAACGUUCCUCGACCUUACAAAUGUCCCAUGUGUCCCAAAUCAUUUUAUCGCUUGGAACAUCAAACUCGUCACAUUCGUACUCACACGGGUGAAAAGCCGCAUCAAUGUACCCACCCGGGAUGCGAGAAACGGUUCUCCCGGUCUGAUGAACUGACACGUCAUGUUCGUAUUCAUACUUCACCCAGCCGAAAGCGAGAACGCAAGCAACAACUCAAAGUGUGCAAACGCACGCCCGUGACAAGAUCCGUUCCACCUUCGCCGACCUUGUCCGCAUGUAGCUUUGAACACCAUUUAUCAGACACCGAAUCCGAAUUCCUGUUCACUCCCGAAACUUCCCCCACGCUUUCUCCCCGCAUCGUUACCGCCAUGGGGUCGCCCAAAAUGAUGAUGGUAAACAAACUUCCUCCUCUUGAAUGCAAACAAUUCGAUCCCGUGUUUGCCCGGCCUUCUGGUGCGGUUCCAAGUCUGCUCGAUCUUUUAGACCGUCCACCACAAGCACGUGUGCUGCCUCCCAUCGCGCUACAACCUCUUCAUGAUAAUACCAAACAACAACAGUCUAUGGCGUUACCUUCCAUUCAUUCAAUUCUUCCCUUCUAAAAAUCCUUUCUCUCCCCUCCUCCCUUUCCUCCCAAACCAUUUUACAAAACCAUGUAUUCACUCACUUGUUCCUUAUUAAU